UAAACACGAGAAGAAGACAAAAUCCCGGAUAAACAAGAGCUCGUUGACUUUUGAGUGUCCUUGUCGAGGCUGUCCUGUGUACUCGUUAUGAGAGUCCCAGGUCUGGUGCUGGUGGCCAGAGCUCUGAACGCCUAGACAGAAACCGGUCCGGUUCGAUGGCAGCGUCGGCUCACGUCUCCAGAAUCCGCUCCCUGUACAAGAGGAUCCUGGUCCUGCACCGCUUCCUGCCCAUCCACCUGAGGGCCCUCGGUGAUCAGUAUGUGAAGGAGGAGUUCAGGAGACACAAGCAGGCAGCUCCAGAGGAGGCGAAGAGCUUCCUGGCAGAGUGGGAGAACUACAAGGACACCCUGCAGACCCAGGUACUGGAGUCAGCAGGAAGGCAGAGUGGUGGCGUGAUGUUCGGAGCAGACCUGCCCGAAGAGAAGCUCAGUCAGUUCCAGAACGAACAGAUCGGCCAGCUGUACGAACUCAUGCUGGAAUCCACCAAACCCAACAAACAGUUUGACAUCCAUGAGGACAGCAGGUGAAGAAGUGGGCCAAUAAGAUGUUAUCAAAGGAUAUAUGAACAGGACCUGCUAGUUCUGACAAAUUCAUAAAAAGUGUAUUACCUUUGGGUGUCAGACUGGACUCAAGGCCUAAAGAGAGGCUCUUAAGGAUAUUUGAUCAUGCUCAAGUGCUGUGUAAUGGUUCUGUUUCUGUGCUCAGUCCAUUAACUGUCACAAUAAAAAGGUUCCUCAUGCUACUCCACGGGUGCAUUAAGACAUCA